CAGAAUGCGCCGCUACCUUCGCUUUAGCGCCUAGACCUUGUCCGCCCCCGCAUACAUGAAUAGCUGCGGGUCUGAGGUCGUUCCCAGAUUUCCCUUCUCCGGACGGUCCCCGGAUCUGUAGUUGUGCCAAGAAUACACAUACACGCUUUUCUUAUUCCUAGGGCGUUCGUGUCGCUUGGAGCCUGCUGCUGUAGCCCAGGAGCAACGCUGCUCACGUGACGAGCAUCGCGUGCUUGGCCAAGCUUACUUGUUGUGUGCCAUCUCAACUACCAUAGGUACGUGCAAGCCGGAGCUCGAUGACUGAUAUCUGGAACUCAGGCAUUAGACCAAGCUAACCGGCGUUGCACGGCCAUUCGGCUAUUGUUGGCCCAGGUCCUAUGCUUCAUGUUUCAACAUUGGGAAGGCCCCAAUGGUCUCUAUGGGAUUCAGACGUGGAGCAAGAACGUUAUUCGGCCAUGUAAAAUGCGGUAUGUAUGGUUUAACUGUCUACAAUUUGGUUUUGAAUACUCAGUCUUCUGUUUUCUAAACCCAAGCCUAAGGAUAGGCCCUCGAAUGCGCAAGUCAACUGAAGAUGCUACACGCCCUUUGCUACGAAACCACCUAGAGACAGCAUUCCAGCGCGAGUCAACAGGUCCUACUCAACGAUCUCCUCGGGGCCUUCAUCAACCGAUCCUCUUUCCGGACUUGUUCCUGACCUUGGUUCCCUUCUUGCCGGCGCUCUUGGGGUGCGAUCCCGAUGGCGGUGUCGUGCCCAUCUUGAUCUGCCUGAAGUACUGUCUAUGUGAUCGAGACGUGAGAAUUAGUUUAUAUUCAUCCUUUCUCUUCCGUUUCUUCCGUGAAUCCCUGAACCUCUCCACCAGAAGCGUUCACGCAGUUCGGAAAACGCAAACACCAUGACCAAGCAAUCUUAGUCAUGCAGACGAAGCUGCAAAGCCCGAAGUGCUCAAGC